AUGAUAGCCGAUGGAAGCUAUUUUCAAAAUAAGGAAGAACCAUUAGUUAGACUUUUGGGACGGGAGCACGAGGGGCGAUCACGGACUAUAUCCAAUAUCAUUGGACAUACUAAGGUUUACGGUGGACUGUUUAAAAAUGUGGAAAGUAGUCGAAGUGCAAGACAACAGGUUGACAUAAUCCCAACAUUCCAUGAAUCGAGUGGUGUGUCUGGUGGACAGAUGAUAGAAUACCCACCUAUUGAGGUUAGGACAGAAUGUGAAUUCCUAGUGAAUGUGGCUGAUACCCAAUUGAAAGUAGCUAAUGGUAUUGCAUGA